UGAGCUGUAAUGCACUACAACAGCUGGCAGCCUCUCAGCACAUCUUCCCAGUGAGUAGCCACUCUGCUGCUGUUGCUGCAGCAGCUGCAUCAUCCUCUCAAACACCACAAACACAGCCAGCGACUCUUUGAAGGGCUUGUUUGGAUUUUGCAUGGAUGGAUGCUCCUUUCUCUCGCUGCCCCAGGGAGUAACAGAAGUCUGCCGGCUCUGGAGGAUGAGACAGUACAGGUACGCAGGUCUACGUGCAUGAGCGUGUGUACGUCAGCAGUGAUGAGUCACCAGGCACCGGUCCACGAUCCUUCACCCCCGUGCCAGAGGCCGGGUCUGCAGACGGCCCUGCACCGAGCCGCCAUGGUGGGGAACAGCAACGUCACGGCGGCUCUGAUCCAGGGCGGCUGCGCUGUGGACCUGCAGGACAGAGAGGGCAACACUGCGCUGCAUGAGGCGUCCUGGCACGGUUUCUCUCACUGUGUCAAACUGCUGGUCAAGUCAGGAGCUGAUGUACACAUCAGGAACAAGACAGGAAACACAGCUCUCCACCUGGCCUGUCAGAACGCACACGCUCCCACUGCUCGCCUUCUGCUGCUCGGAGGAUCCGCACCAGACACCAAGAACAACAGGGGCGACACCUGUUUGCACACGGCUGCUCGCUACAACAACCUGACCCUGGUAAAGAUCCUGCUGAGUUCCCUGUGCUCUGUGAAAGAGAGAAACCGGGCCGGGGACACCGCUCUCCACGUGGCCGCGGCCCUGAACCAUCAGAAGACCGUUCAGCUCCUGCUGGAGGCCGGGACCGAUGGGAAAAUCAGAAACAAAGCAGGUAAGACAGCCCUGGAUAUGGCCAGAGACAACAACUACAAAGACAUGGCACAUCUCCUGGCCAGAGCUCCUCAGGUACAUCACUUCAUGCGAGGAAGAACAAUCAGGAAACAAAGAGAGAGAGUGACAGCUGAGCGCAGGACCCAGUCCGACCCUCGAGUAGAAAUACCACCAAACAAAGAUAGCAGUUCUGCAGCGAUGGAAUCCCCCAGCAGUGGACAAACAGAGACCAUUACAGUCUUUAAGGUGGGUCCUCACCAGCAGAACCAGCAGCAUCACCACAAAAGCCCAGCCGCCAUCAGAGGCCACCGGAAGAGGAGGAGAGGCAAGGACCCGGGAGGUCAACAACAGAGACAUCAGGCUUCAAAUCGAAAUGAUCUGAGAAAAGGGAAGAAUGACAUCCACGUUAAGAAGAAUCUGCUCCGGGAUGAUGGUGAAGAUUCGGCUCAGAAAGACAAAAUCUAUCAGCUUUACACACUGUACCGUGACAAGGAUGGCAACGUUAGACAGGCCCCGGCCGAUGGAUGCCGCUGCCGGCCCUUGCUCCAGAAGCUGGAGGGCCAGCUGAGGGCCACGCAGGAGGAGAUGAGGCUGCACAUCCUCAACGUGCAGGAGCAGGUCAACAGUAAGCUGGGCCAAAUGGACCACAAGACCAGACACCAGAUUAAAGUGUUGGACAUGCUGAACCAGGAAAGAGCAGCAGCAGAGAGGAAGACCAUGGUUUACGAGAUCGAGCAGAGAGCUGCCCAGGGAAGAGAGGAAGCUCUGGCGACACAGCAGGCGGCAGUCAGUCAUGAACUGAAGAGGUGGUGUCUGUCCCAGUUGAGGGACAUGGACGUCCACCUCCCAGCCAAAGCUCAGUAUUACAAACUCCUCCCCUCCCAGUCGGUGGAGCAGUCGGCAGCAGACGCUGACCUGGAGUCGCUCCCCCUGCUGUCGGGGGUGUCUGGAGACAGCAGCACUUCACUGGCUACCUGCGUCAAAACCCUGCCAUCUAAAUCCACCUUCAGUCUGGGAGGCCCGGAGACGGAGCAGAUGGGGAGAAGGACAUACUUUGAAAUGAAAGUGGACAGGUCCCCAGAAGACUAUGAGAACACAUCCGUGUUUGCUGCCAACCCCCCCUCAGGCCUCCUGCUGGGCUCUGUCGACCCCCCAUGGCAGCCUGCAGGGGUGCAGGACAGUCCCUCAUCAGCAGUGAUGCCUCUGUGUGGGGAGGGCCUCUCCUCCACCAGCAGCAGCAGCAGCCAGUCCACCAUCAGCGCCCAGGGACCCAGACUGAUCCAACAUCAGGAACCAGACCGGAACCACUUCAGAGAGCUGAUGAGUGCACGCAGGCGUGUGGGGAUCCACAGCGAGGGAUCCAGGACGCUGGAGUUCUUCAUCAACCGCCCCGCUGAGCCCACGUUCAGCCAGGAGAGGAACAAUCAGCACGCCGUGGAGGUGACUCAGCGUUUCUUCGAGACGGUGUCGACUCAGCUGGAGCGCUGGUACGAGAGGAAGAUAGCCGAGUUGGAGCGGCAGACGGCGCUCAGAACCCGACGGGACCGGGACGAGCUGCUGCAGCAAAUAGGCACGCUGGAGGAGGAGCUCCAGAGGCUGAGGACCAAUGAGAACGCAGACAGCUGAAUCGCCCUGACAGCGACUAACGCUGGAGAGAGACGGACACAGAAAGGAUGAACUUUAUAAACUCAGCUGUGCGUGGUGUGUGUGUGUGUGUGUGUGUGUGUGUGUGUGUGUGUGUGUGUGUGUGUGUGUGUGUGUGUAAAAGACAACCUAACAAAUAAAUGAGAAGCAUAUGUAUAGAUACAAAAAUUCAUACAGUAAGAAUUAUUAACAGAAGAGGA